AUGUCGAGAGUAACGCAAAUAUGUUGCCGUGCAGAAUUAGAAUCCGUAGAAUAUUGUAAUACGGAGCUCCAGGUUACAGCUCCUGUCCUGCGCACUAAUCUGGAUGACACUAAACGGAUCAUCGAAUCUUACAAUCGCAAACAAAAACACCUGAUUAAUCUAUAUAAUCGUCGUCGUGAAGAUGUAAACCAUAUGCUUAGAGAAACAAGAUGCAAUUAUUGGGCCAGCAAUUUACAAUGCUUAAACACGUUGCUCGGAUUUACUUUAUGUAGUGAAGGAGACACGUUGGUUGUCACCUUCACGCAUCUUGGCGCCUCAAAUCCGACUAAGCUUGCUUUCGUUACAUUGAGUGCCAAUAAAGGCAUAUUUGAAGGUAUUUCGUGUGUGCCAAUGAUUAGGCAGUUUAACGCACUUACUAGCCAAGUUAACGAGGGCGUGGCAUUCGGACUGUUUGUAUGUAACAUUCGUAAGGAAUUCAAAGCAUCAUUUCCAUGA